CAGUUCAAUACGAAGAUCGAUACAAAUAAUCGAAAUUGUUGACCGAAAUAAUAAUUAAGUGAUUAAUAUAAUAAUUAUCAGUCGUGAUGAAAUGGGGUAUUAUUUUGUGUGUCCUCUUACUUGUUGGCCCAAUACAAAUUGGGUCCAGGAGAGGAAGGACCAGAUCGAGGACCAAAUCUAGGAUGCAAAUUGGUUUACCUAUAACUGGCAAAUAUAGAGAUAAGGAUUCGGAUCAAUAUUAUAACAAUAAUAACGGUGCAAAAAUAUUGUUAGCCUCACAUUUUGAUUAUGAAUACGUUCUGGGUCACAAAAUAGCUUUUCUGUGCAUCGCUAAGGGCUCUCCGAGACCUCAUAUAACAUGGUUUAAAGAUGGUAUUGAAAUUUUCACGCAUAUCUAUAUGCAUGUACACGAAUGGAGAAUGGGUGCUGACAAAGUUAAAUCUAAAAUUGAGAUAGAUCCUGCUACACAAAUGGAUGCUGGAGUUUAUGAAUGCACAGCUGAUAAUAUGUACUCUAUAGAUCGUAGGAGUUUUAAAACUGACUUCUCUAUUGUAUUUGAUUAA